AUGAGUACUGCCCGGAUGUACCUAGGUAGGUCUGGAUGUACCACAUACACACUCAUAAACCAAUGCCCUUUAUUAAACCAGCAUUAGAAAUCUGGUUCUCUGCAUUCUCCUCCCCAUCCCGUGAUAACCCACCUUCCGCUGUCUCAUUCUCGAUCCGGUGACGCUAUGUUGGUGCGAGUUUUUCCACGCGCCAUUUCUUCCACUUCCGUCGCUGCGGCUAGCUUUCCAUUGCGUUCGCAUUCCAGGCUGUCUCCCCCGUCUACUUGCUUUUCAUUCCCGACUGUGUCAACCAAACCGUCCUUGAUUUUUGAGAGAAGGUUCGGCAAUGGCGCGCGCCGCAAAUAUUUCGGUAGUUGGAGCGUGGAACGUUUGUUCGGGAGAGUGUUCCUGUCUAGGAGAGAGUACAGGAAGCAUUCAAGGCGUCCGGCAAAGAGGAAAGGGAAGGAACUGGAACUCAGUGUAAAUAUCUGCAUUGAAGAGCAGUUGCCUGAUGACUCUGAAGUUCUGGAUAUUGCUGAAAUGCUCCGUCUCAAUGUGCCAACAGCGAUAAAAUUAGAGCUUGAUGGUCUCAAAGAUUCAGAGUAUAAAACUAGAUCUACUGCAAUUGGCGAUGUUGGCUGUUUUGAUAGUGUUGAGUUAUCUUUACUUCUUUGCAAUGAUGAGUUCAUCCGCACACUUAAUAAAGAAUGGAGAGAUGAAAAUAAGCCUACUGAUGUCCUCUCAAUGUCUCAGCAUAUUCCUGAACUUAAACUCCCUGUGCUCAUGUUGGGUGACAUAGUAGUUUCUGUCGAGACAGCUGCUAGGCAAGCAGAGGAAAGGGGGCAUACUCUCCUUGAUGAGAUACGGAUCCUUCUGGUUCAUGGAUUACUACAUCUUUUGGGAUUUGAUCAUGAAAUUAGUGAUGAAGCGGAAACUGAAAUGGAAGAGGCGGAGCAGUUACUUUUAAAGAGGCUGGGGUGGAAGGGGAAAGGGUUAAUUAAUAGUUCUUAUGACAUAGAUGGUAUUUCUAUUGAGGCUGCUGAUGACAGGAAGAGGGAAGGGAGUCUUCGAUUUUACAGACCAAAGUUUAGAUAUAUCUUCUGUGAUAUGGAUGGUACUCUUCUGAAUACCAGUAGUCAGAUUUCUCUUGCAACAGCACACGCUUUGAAAGAGGCCACUUCUAGGGGUGUAAAGGUAGUGAUAGCUACUGGAAAAACCCGUCCUGCUGUCAUAAAUCUGAUGAAGACAGUUAACUUAGCAGGAAAGGAUGGCAUAAUUUCAGAGGUUUCUCCUGGCGUGUUCUUGCAGGGGCUCCUGGUAUAUGGUAGACAAGGUCGGGAAAUUGCAAGAAGGAAUUUAGACCAAAAUAUCUGUAGAGAGGCAUGCGUAUAUUCUGUCAACCACAACAUUCCUCUUGUUGCAUUUUCUGAGGGUCGCUGUUUGACCUUAUUCGAGCACCCUUCCGUGGAAUCACUUCACACAAUAUAUUAUGAACCAAAGGCAGAGAUUGUUUCUAGUAUUGAGCAACUCUCGGCAGGAGUAGAAAUACAGAAGAUGAUCUUCUUAGACACAGCUGAAGGAGUGGCGUCUACGCUGAGGCCAUAUUGGGAGGAAGCAGCUGGGGAUUGUGCUUCUGUAGUACAAGCUGUACCAGACAUGCUUGAAAUUGUUCCGUAUGGAACCUCCAAAGGCAUAGGGGUUAAAAUGCUUCUUGAUCAUUUGGGUGUUAGUCCAAACGAGAUAAUGGCCAUUGGCGAUGGGGAAAAUGAUGUAGAGAUGCUUGAACUGGCUAGUCUGGGUGUUGCUCUUAGAAAUGGAUCCGAGAAGGCAAAGGCUGUGGCUAAUGUGAUUGGUUUGAGCAAUGAUGAAGAUGGAGCAGCUGAUGCAAUCUACCGUUAUGCCUUCUAAGUCAAUUUAGUCAUUAGCAAUCCCAAGGCUUCAUUCAUGUAUUUGAUUUGUAUUCUCAACUGUGAACCAAUAACAUGAUACUUGUCUC